UUGGUUGCGUGGAUUUUUUUCAAUUUUGGAUAAUUUUUUUUGAUUUAAAAGAAAAGAAUUUUUAAAGAAACAAAAUGCGUGUUGAAAAAUGUUAUUUUUGUUCAUCACCGCUUUAUCCGGGUCAUGGUAUUCAAUUUGUACGAAAUGAUUGUAAGGUAUUUAAAUUUUGUCAAUCAAAAUGUCAUAAAAAUUUUAAACAUAAAUGUAAUCCACGACGUAAACGAUGGACAAAAUCAUUUCGUAAAUCAAAUGGUAAAGAAUUGGCAAUUGAUUCAACAUUUGAAUUUGAAAAACGACGAAAUAUUCCUGUAAAAUAUUCACGUGAAUUAUGGUCAAAAACAUUGGAAGCAAUGAAACAGGUAAAUCAAAUUCGUCAAAAACGUGAAGCACAUUUCAUACAACAACGACAAAUGAAAGCAACAUUAUUUGAACGUGAAAAAGAUCGUCGUGAAGUAGCCAGAGAUAUUUCAUUAAUUAGAUCAGCAAAUGCUGGAUUACGUAUACCAAAAAAAUCUAAAGUUAAAGUGAUUAAAAGUACAGAUAUUGAAGAUGAUGAAAUGUUAUUAGAUGAACAAGAACGACCACAACAACAAUCGGAUGAUGAUGAUGAAGAAAUGCAAAGCGAUGAUGAACAACAUUCGCAACAAGCCAUAUUGAAUGAAUCAUAAAAUUUUUUUAUUUCAUCAAUUUUCCUCAUU